CGUUUAUUAAGAUCAGUAGCGGGUUUUCAAGCAGUAAUUUGAUUUAUGAUGUCUGCGCAAGAAACGAUUGCUUUGUUUAUAAUAGGAUAUUUACUAAGGUCAUGGGCAGACGCAGACCCAACCCAGAUCCCUAUAUCGGCCAUCACUGUGACAUCGUAUGGUACUCCAUACUGGUACUGGAACGCAGAUAAAGUCAAUGACGGCUCAUUAAAUCAAAGAGCUGACGACUGUAAUUGCUGCACCGCACUAAGGAGACCAUCGAUGGUGCAAUUAAAACUGAACAAGACUCACAUUGUGGAAAAAGUUCUUGUUUUGGGACGUACAGAUUAUGGUACACGUACAGAUUUACGUGCUCAAUUUGACAACAUCUACAUGUCAAUAGGUCUAAUGUCAGAAUACCUUCAAUUAACAUCGAAAAAUGAGACCGUUGCGGAGAUGAGGCUAACUCCUCCUCGUGAAAUACAGAUUGUUCGGUUUACGGGUAGUGGAUAUGGUUACAUGACAAUAUGCGAGAUAUUGAUAUACCGACAAGAAGACUGCCCAAUCGGAAAUUACAGCGUUAACUGUUCCGAACAAUGCCAUUGUCGUGUGGCGCCGUGCGACAGUGUUACAGGUGAAUGUUGGAAUGGGGUCUGUGAAAACGGUUGGAAAGGAAAAGCGUGCAAUGAAACAUGCAACACAGGCUCAUUUGGUGCUAACUGCUCAUCCAUAUGCAAUUGCGAUAACAACAUGACUUGUAACCAUAGUGAUGGAUCUUGUCCCAAAAACCAAUGCGCUGCCGGAUGGACGCAUGACAACUGUAGCGUAGCUUGCAAUCAAGGAACUUUUGGAAAGAACUGCUCCUCCCCUUGCAAUUGUCUACACGGAGCAAGUUGUGACCAUGUUUCCGGUCACUGUCCUGAUAACAAAUGUGCGCCUGGUUGGAUUACAAGUAACUGUAGUGUUGCCUGCAACUCGAGAUCAUACGGACAAAACUGUUCAAUGAACUGUCACUGUGACAAGUGCCAUAAAGUUACUGGAUCCUGUUCAUUGUCUUCACAAUGUCACGAUGGGUACAGGAUGGAUAACGGUUUCUGCAAACCGCAAGAAGAGUCAAGAGGAAUUAAUACCAUUAUGAUCGCUGGAGUUGUUGGUGGUUGCGUCGCAGCUAUACUUAUUGCCAUUGGUAUUGCUGGCGUAAUUGUGUGUUACAGGAGGCGAAAACUUGAAUCCGGGCCAAAGAGUCAUCAUGGGGUAUCUAUACUUUCGAAAAUAGAGCCAGGUUUCGACGAGAUUGAUCGAGCUAAAAAUGUUGAACAUGUCUCCGUCGAUGAUACAACACAUAUCAGUUCAAAAGAUGUCAGCAAGAGAUUGCCUGGUGUGGUAAAUUCAACAGAUCCACAGUGUGAUGACCCCAAUUACUACAGCUUUAAGACAGUUUCCCCUGGAAUCAAAAUUCAUGAUCUCUGGGAUUACAUUCACGAGAAAAGUGAUUCAAUAUUCUUUGAUGACGAGUUUAAAAAAUUGCGAAGCGGGCUUAUUCAUAAGCACGACAUAGCAUCGUCUGAAGAAAACAAGGGAAAAAACCGCUACAAGAAAAUGUAUGCAUACGACCAUAACCGCGUGCCCUUGACAAAAGAUUUUGAAGGGGAUUCCGAAUAUAUCAACGCGAGCUUUAUACACGGAUUCCAGAAGAUUAAGAAAUUCAUCGCUUCUCAGGGCGCCACUGAGAAAACGCUGGAGGAUUUCUGGCGUAUGAUAUGGCAGCAGAAGGUAGACAAGAUUGUGAUGUUGACAAACCUGGUCGAAAUGGGAACGCUGAAAUGUCUUCAAUAUUGGCCGGAGGAGCUGAACGGUGUCUGCAAGUAUGGACGUGUUGACGUCAAAUACUUUGAUGUCGUGGAGACGGGCGAUUACAAUGUCCGGACAUUCCAAGUUACGAAGGUCCAUGAUACCAGGGUAGUAAAGCAGUAUCACCUCAAGGCGUGGCCUGACAAAGAUGUUCCCGACACAGCCUGGUGUCUUGUCGACUUUUUGAGAGCGGUGUACACUCGGGAUGAGCAGCAAUCACCAAUCCUUGUUCACUGCAGCGCUGGUGUUGGGCGAACAGGAACAUUUAUUGCUCUUGACAACCUCAUUUCACAAGCAAAGAUGGAGAAAUGCGUGAGACCUUUCCAGAUGGUCGAGAAUUUGCGAGAACAAAGGGUCAGCAUGGUCCAAACAAAGGAACAGUACGUCUACCUACACGAGGCCCUGGCAGAGGCUCUCCUGAUUGGGACACAUCACGUGACGACCGGACAGUUCGAACGUGUCUACAACUACAUGAUGGGCCGUAAUGAUGACUCGACAGUCACCCGACUAGAACACCAGUUCGAACUAGUGAGGCAAAGUGUGGAACAUCUUCCAGUACAGCUAAAAGAAGUGUCCAGUCAAGAAGCAGAAUAUGGCAAUAUUGAGACAGUCGGGACUGAACUACACGCUUAUCGAGCUCAACAGAAUAGAAUGAGCGAACAGCCAUUUGAACUCAAUAUCCCGACUUUUAGUUCAAAGAAUGGAAUAUGUGUGGUUAGCAGACCAACGGUACCACAGCUGUCGAUGUUUUGGUCUCGUCUGGAACAACGUGGUUCAGUAACGCUGAUCGAUAUUUCAUCGAAUGGAAGUGACACGAAAUACGUACUCAUAGAUGGACAAGACGGGGAACAUUUAGAAAACGGAACUGCGUCUGUUAUGAAAGAGACGCUACACAACGGAUUUGUUGAAGUAAUUUAUUCCGUGAAGAAAAACGCACACGAGAGUGGCUGCGACAAAACCAUCAGACACUUUGUGUUGACUUCAUGGAAAGGAGAUGAUACACACACAGAGAGGGCAUCACUUCUCAAGAUGAUAGAGGCGGUACAAACGUGGCAACCGGAAAUGAAAGACGACGAACCAAUAUUUAUACUUGACAAUACCUGUUUCCAGAAAUGCGGUGUCGUGGCUGUUCUGAUUAACGAGAUUUAUCGCAUAUCAGCACAGAAUGGACAAAUUAACAUCUUAGAAUCUGUCAAGACAAUGGUGCAAGGAAAUAGUCCUCUUAUCCACAGCAAGAUGCAGCUGAAGUUCUGCUAUGACGUCAUAUUGGACUAUGUGGAACAGCAAGCCACUUAUCAGAACUAUUAAUAAUAAGUCUACUAUAAGACCUCUUUCCUUUAUUAAAGCUCCUUUGAUAGAGAUUAGCUUACCUGGCGAACUGGGUUGAUUUUAAGGUUUCACUUCUUUAUAUUGAUAAAACAAGUUCAAGUUUGGAUUAUGUCUUACAAGAAAAUGACUCUUUCCUCUUGAUCUAUCUGCUUGAAUUAACUUCCUCUCACAUCGGUCACUGUUGUUGACUAUGAAAUGUCACCUGAAUCUUUUCAAUAUAGAAAAACAAUGAAGAGAAUUUGAUUGGUGAUAUGGAGAAAAUAAGCCCACAACAAACAAAGUUAAAUAUUUCUGAACCUUAAAAAAUAUUACUGAGACUUUAUUGAAUGGGCUGAAACUACUGGCUGUUGUUGGUCGAAAACAAAAGCUGUUUUAUGUAAUUGGCAGAAAUGUUACGGACAAAACCGCUCGAAUAUGAAUUAAAGCUUGAAUGCUGUGUUUAUAGUGCCAACUUAUAGUUUAAUUUAGUUUCAUGUUCAUAUUUGCUACUUUCUAGAAGUAUUUGUUUUAAAACAUAAUAUUAUGUGUUCAGUUUAUAAUUUAAAUUUCUUAGGAACAAUAUAAUAAUAUAAACUUUAAA